AUGACCCUCAAACCUGGGGAAGAGAUUAAAAUACAUUUUCUUAAUAGCAGUAUGGAAAAGCUCUCUGGCAUUGUUGCAGUUGUGCAAAAAGCUUUAACUGAUGUACGUGAGGUGUACAGAGUGAUCAAUGAGCAUGUUGGCACGAGAAGUGCAGGAGAUAAGAGUAAAAAUCAAAAUGCUCCAGACGAGAGAAAGACAAAACAAACAAAAAAGACACGAGUACUUACAAAGCAAGCAGCGAACUUGUCACAAAGAUUAGUUGUUGAGAAAGCCGCGCUACCUGCAUAUCAUAUCACACAGAUGGCCAAAGUUCCAUUAAGAUCAAAAGCGAACAUAAACAUGGAA